UAAGACGCCACGUUUGCAAAUCUUGAUCGCUCUAUAAAAAACCAAACCUGCUCUGUUUUUCUUUGGUCUCGCAAAAGAUAAAUAAAGAAGAAAAAAUGGAGGGUCUGAUCCCGUUGGUUUACAAAGCCGUCAUGCAAAUCCGUUACGGCGACGAGUCAUCCUCGCAGCAACUUUCUUCAUCUUACUACGUUCGUCUUCCGGGUGAUUCUGGUCGGUUCGGAAGAUCUGAUUUCGAUGUAUCGGGUCGUCAUGGAUCAUCUUCUUCCAAUACGGCGCCGUCAUCUUCGUCCAAGACCACCACCACUACGUUCGCUGUUUACAGGGGAGUCCAGUCACCUGUUUCUCGUCGGGUUGUCACGUGAUAUACAUGCGCUUCUGUAAGGAACCUGAAGAUGCAUGCGUGUGAGGGUGUGGGGAAGGGUUCGUGAUCUUUUGUUUUGUGUGUUUUUUUAGAGUUAGGGUUGGAACGGUUUAAUAAAAUAAACCUGAUGUAAAUGUAAUCAUUCCGGUUUGGGAGAUUGGGAUCUCUAAGCGUGGGCUACUCAAAAGGGUAGUCUGAUCGUGGCUUUUGAUUUGUGUGUGUUCUUCUUCUAAUUGUAUAAAAAAAAUUAUAUGAAUAUAUUUAGUUUGUCCGUCAUUACUUUUGUGAAAUAGUUUGAACUUACCAUGUUG